UUUUUAGUUUUAUUUGGAUUGCGUUUCCUUACACAGAAGUUGCCCAGAUCUACAAGCAAAUAACACAACACUUCUCUUUAUUUUUCCUUUUUCUGCAAAAUCAUUACAACAAUGGUUAUCCAAUAGAUAGAGAAGAUAUAACAACUGUGUGCUCAAAAUAUCCCGUUGAGAAUCAAUCAAUCGGGUUCCAAAAAAAUGGAGUCCGAACUCCAAAAUUUACCACCUAAAACUACCCAAACAACACAACCCGAAUCCGUGGACGAAAGUUCCCUUACCAAAGACGAUCGUCCACUUCUCAAACCCGACCCGACUAACCCUCAACUCCAAGUUCAAUCCCAGUCUUCUAGUUCUAACCCCAGCAUCGAUGAAUUAGAGAAGAAAUACGCUCCAUAUGUGAGGCAUGACGUGUAUGGAGUAAUGGGUCGGGGCGAACUGCCAUGGACCGAGAAGGUGCUUUUGGGUAUUGCGCUUGUGACGGUUGUACCUAUGAGAGUUGUUGGGGCAAUGACUGUAUUGGUUGUGUAUUACUUGAUUUGUAAGGUUUGUACAGCGUUUUCAGCACCGAAUCGAGAGGAAGAGGAAGAGCAGGAGGAUUAUGCGCAUAUUGGUGGGUGGAGAAGGGUUGUGAUGAUGCAGAGUGGGAUGUUCCUUUCGAGAGUAAUGCUUUUCGUUUUUGGAUUCUAUUGGAUUAGCGAAGCUUAUUGCCCCAUUGAUCUCAAUGCCAACUCAAAUAAUGAGCAUGGAUCAAAAGAUCAGGCUGAAGAACUUGAAAGACCAGGGGCUAUUGUGUCAAAUCACAUCUCGUACUUGGAUAUCUUGUAUCACAUGUCUUCCUCAUUUCCUAGCUUUGUUGCUAAGAGAUCAGUGGCUAAGCUUCCUCUGGUUGGUCUCAUCAGCAAGUGCCUUGGCUGUGUCUAUGUCCAGCGAGAAUCGAGAUCACCUGACUUUAAAGGUGUCUCAGGUGUCGUAAAUGAAAGGAUUCGUGAAGCUCACCAGAACAAAUCUGCACCAAUCAUGCUGCUUUUUCCAGAAGGCACAACCACAAAUGGUGAUUUUCUCCUUCCGUUCAAGUCUGGUGCAUUUCUGUCGGGAGCUCCAGUGCAGCCUGUGAUAUUAAGAUAUCCAUACCAGAGAUUAAGUCCAGCGUGGGACUCAAUAUCUGGGGUUCGGCAUGUGAUUCUCCUUCUCUGUCAAUUUGUAAAUUAUGUGGAGGCAACCUGGUUACCUGUUUACUACCCCUCUCAGCAAGAAAAGGAUGACCCUAGACUUUAUGCUGAGAAUGUCCGGAGGUUGAUGGCUCAUGAGGGUAAUUUAAUACUCUCAGAUAUUGGCUUGGCAGAGAAGCGAGUAUAUCAUGCUGCUCUCAAUGGUUUGUUUUGUCAACAGUAAUUCGGAUUCGCCAUCUGUAUAUUCAUUCUGUGAUUCUAUUAUUUGCAAAAGUUAUAUGAAGAUAACCUUCCAGAUGAAGCAUUCUUUGUGUCUAUAUCAAUGAAAAUGGACCUAUGGACAUCAUUGUUUGGCCACAGCCAGUGGUUACAUGCUCAAAUAUCUUUGUUUCCUAUUCAUUUACCUUCCAUUUUGACAGACCCAACAGAGUGAUUCCGCUUAGCAGCUAGUGCUGCUGGCUGGGUUAAGUGUAAUUCCCAAGAUUAGUUUAGUCUCUUCCCUCAUCUUCGGGUAUGUGAAUAUAGUUCCACUAAUUUUCCUUGACGAUUGCUUCUGAGCUAGACAACUGCUUCUUGGCUAUCAGGAGCGCUAAAUGUUAUUGUUCGAUUUUGUGUUUGGCUAAUGUAUUCAAAGAUCAGAAAUCAAGUAUGUUGGAGGCAUCAUCGCUGCCUCAAAUAUCAUUCCCCGCAUCUGGAAGUGCUUAUUUCUCUUUUCGUAUGCUUAUACACUAUUGAAGAUUGUCAUUGGAAGGAGAGGGGGUUAGGGGGGGAGAGGACAGAGAUGUUACAAUUGAUGUUAUUGUGUUUUGUAAAUUUAGCCAAGUUAUUCUUAGCAUCAUGCGUUUGUUAAA